CCGCGAAACUCUCCCGCCUUAGCUCAAUACUAGGUUUUGGCAAUUUUUUAAAAAUAAUUAUUUGGACUGUGUUGUGUUGUGUUGAUUUUUACUAUCGAUCGAUGAAUGGAAGUAGAAAUAAAAAAAAAAUAAUAACAAAUAUGACAUCAAAACUUUUGACAAUAAGACCCCUCAUAUUAAUAUACUGAUAAAAAAAUGAAUAGGAUCAUCAUAAAAUGUCACUAAUAAAACUUUAAAAAAAAGUAGUAGGGAACGGAUCCCGCAGUGAGUGAUGCAAAAAAAAGUCGAUGGGUUAAUCGCCGAAUUAUGAAUAGAUAGACUAGGGUAGUAAUUUUUUAUGGCUUAUAGAUAAUGAUUAUUAUAAUUAUUCAUUAUUCAUCGUAAAUCAAUGCAAAUAAUGGUUUAUUCGUAUCACAUAUAAUUGACUACUUUUUAACAAUGCAAGAAUCUACAGUGUUAUUAAAUCACACGGUUUAUUCAUUGUGUUGUGAAUUGUAUGGUUCCAUACAUGUGUAAAAACGCUUGAGUUCAGGACGAAUUUCAUUCGUAAUACAAUUGCUUACAUUUAACACAACCGCUACAUUUAUUUGCUGAAUUUAUCGCCUGACGUUAUUAAGUUAAAAAUCAGGAGUAAAGACAAUAGAAUUCAAUAUAUUUCAAUUAUAAUAAAAAAAUUUCCUGGUGCCUUUCAGUGUUUUCUAAGACCCAAGAAACUGUAUAAAUAUUUAAGUGAUAUUUAUCGGUGGAUUGCUAGCGAUGAACGUUUCACAAUACGUACAAAAACGGAUCUCAUGUUGAUACAACAAGAAAAACGGGUACUCAGUGACCAUCUCAUAAAAAAAUGAUAAAAUAAAAAAAGCUGUCAUGAUGCUGCAAACUGUACAACUCGACAGCAGCACAAGUGGAUGUCAGCAAACCUGAAAAUCGUCAGCUUGUGGAUAACAAAAGAUUUAAUAACACGAUGAACCAAAGUGAUAUACUACUAUUCAAUUGGGACGAGUCGAUGGUGACCCGUGACCUAAAUUAUACAUACUAUAAUUUAUCUUACAAUGUGAAUCGAACGUCCGACGAUUUAUGGGAUUUAGCAAGUGACCGUGCAGUAUUAGCCGUGAUAUUAAUAUUGUUUUCCAUGGCGACUAUUUUUGGCAACAGCCUAGUGAUAUUAGCAGUUAUCCGUGAACGUUAUUUACAUACCGCGACAAAUUACUUUGUAACUUCAUUAGCAUUUGCCGACUGUCUAGUAGGGCUCGUUGUAAUGCCAUUUAGCGCAAUUUAUGAAGUACUAGAAAAUCGUUGGUUAUUUACAACUGAUUGGUGUGACGUGUGGCGAUCAUUGGACGUUUUAUUUUCGACCGCUUCAAUUUUGAAUCUGUGCGUUAUUAGUUUAGAUCGCUAUUGGGCAAUUACUGAUCCAUUUACUUACCCCAUGCGUAUGAGUCGAAAACGUGCGGCAAUAUUGAUAGCUAUUGUAUGGAUUUGUUCGAGUGCAAUAUCAUUUCCUGCAAUAGCAUGGUGGCGUGCUGUACGUACGGAAAUAGUGCCAAAAGAUAAAUGCCCGUUUACAGAAAAUCUGGGGUAUCUGAUAUUUUCAUCAACAAUUAGCUUUUAUUUGCCAUUAUUUGUAAUGGUGUUCACUUAUUAUCGUAUUUAUCGGGCUGCUGUUAUUCAAACGCGCAGUCUUAAACUUGGCACGAAACAAGUCAUGAUGGCGUCAGGCGAAUUAGAGCUCACAUUAAGGAUACAUCGUGGGGGCGCUACUAAUACUGAUGCAAGACAUCUGUUUCGUACGGCAUCAAGUACGCCUGAAGAUAUACAAGACAUGGAAGAACCACUUACGCUUCACAACAAUGGACUCACACGGAUACCGUCGACAAAAAUAAACAAUAAGCAGAAUUUGGGAAAAAAUUUUUCACUAUCACGUAAAUUAGCGAAAUUUGCAAAAGAAAAAAAGGCUGCGAAAACACUGGGAAUAGUCAUGGGCGUUUUCAUUAUUUGCUGGUUACCAUUUUUUGUAGUCAAUUUGCUAUCUGGAUUCUGUUCAAGGUGUAUUUGGAAUGAGGAAAUGGUUUCCGCAGCAGUAACAUGGUUGGGAUGGAUUAACAGUGGAAUGAAUCCAGUUAUCUACGCCUGUUGGAGUCGUGAUUUCAGAAGGGCAUUCGUAAGGAUAUUAUGCGUCUGCUGUCCAAGGAAGAUGAGAAGGAGAUAUCAACCUGCCUUUAGAUGCAAACCUAGUCAGACCAAAAAAAUAAGACGCAGGAACCAGUCGAUCAAAAUUCGGUAUGUAGGUGGAAUGGGACCAGCUCAAACAAGUAGCGUAAGUUACAGUAGUGUAUCACAAAGCAGUGAUGGAGGUGUCUACAGUGGAGUAACGACAUCAAGUACACUAUCAUCAAAUUCUGGAACUUGACGUCAGGCAGGGCCCAAAUUAGGGCCUAAGCGGGAUCGUGCAAUACGUUUUCGUGAAACGUGAUUAACGGAUGAUUAUAAUUUCAUCGAAAUGCCAUCACCAAUUGUCAGCGGAACAGUUGAUAAUACAGCAAUAAACGAUGACAUGUAUGAUGAUAUUAUUGUCGAUGAAUCCGAACUCGAUGAAAUCGAAUUAGAUGAAAUAUAUGAAAUUCAUGAUGACUUAGGUUUACAAUUUGAGUAUUGGAGACACCGAAUUGACAGUUCAAUACCAGAAGAAGAUGAGGAUGAAUGUGAUGUCUAGGCAAUUUAAAUCAUUAAUAUAUGUAAAUAAAUAUGUUUUAAUAUUUUUUGAGUUGUAGAUAAUGAAAUUAAUCAUUAAUCAUAACUAGGGCCAGGAUUUUUGCAUUAAAUUUAAAAAAAUUAAUACUCACUGGUGUGAAAUUUUUUAUAUUACGGGGAAACUAUUGAUCGUAUUGAAAAAUUUUUCAAACAAAAGUUGUAGGAAAUUUAAUUUUCUAAAAAAAACAUUUCUUAUAAAUUUUUCUUAGAACUAAUAAGAAAGCCGUAAUUUCAAAAUUAAGAUUUUCAUAAUUAAUCAAAUUUUGAAUCAUUAAUUAUGAAUCUCAAUUUUUGAACUACAGUGAAAAUAAUGAUCGUAUAAGAAAAUUAUAAGACAUUUUUUUAAUAAAAUUAAAUUUCCCACAACUUUUGUUCGAAAACUUUUUUAAUAAGACCAAUAUUUUCGCCGUAAUAUCAAAAAUUUGAACUACUCAUUUCAAAAAUAAGGCAAAAAUCUUGUCCCUAAUCAUAACAAAUCGUUAAUGUAAAGAAAAUAAAUUAGCCGAUUGAAUUGUCACAAAUGAUUUCUGUUACCAAUAUUGCAUUAAACACGCACUACAUAUUGAUUUAUUCCUUAUUUUUAAACGAAGCGAUUGAAAAUGAAUCAGGUUUUUUCAUUCAAAAAUAUACACGAAGAGAAAUUUACAGUAACAGUUACAAAUCUUCAAAAAUUGAGUGCCAGAAAAAAAUGAAUGACUUUUGUUUUAUGAUAAAAAAUAUUAAAAUUUUGUUUUCUUCCUUUGUAUCCAAUAAUUAUGUAAAAUGUAAUUUUUCUCUAUGUAAAUUACUUAAAAAAAUAUUUCAUUUAAUCAACUUCAUUUAACAUCAAGAAAUUUUUUUUUUCACCUUUUAAGAGGUACCCGUUUUCCCCCUUCCCCCCGCUCAUACCAAAAUAAUUUUCACAAAAAUAUACAAUUUUGUAACAUUGCAAUGGAAUAUUGUUUCUUUGCCAUCUUGCAAAUACUGAAGCUUAGGUACAUCAAUAAUCAUAUGUGACCAUUUGAUAUCGGCUAAUAAACUUAUAGAAAAUUUACAAGAAUUUUAAACAUAAAAUUGAACUAAAGGGAUGAACAUAUUUCACUUGACCAAAAACGAAAUGCGAGAUAACUGGUUAUAGUAAUAGUUGUGGUGACUGCUCUAAAUUAGUUGUAUCGAUCGUAAGAAUAACAUCUGCAAUAGGCACCCAGAAAGAAAUGUAAUAAACAUAAGUGAGAAAAACGAUAUUAAUGAUACUAUUAAAUGAAUGUAAAAAUGGAAAUGAACAUGAGAGAGAAAGAGAGAGAGAGAGAGAGAGAGAGAGAGAGAGAGAGAGAAAAUUUAGUCUGAAAAAUUAUAAAUUUA